UGGAAAGGAGGAGGAAAUUUCCCUUUGGAAGGAGGCCAGUUUUCCAACUGGUGAUAUUGUUCCGUUCAAGGGGGUGAAGAAUUCAGAAUAAUUUUGAUAAAUGGAUUGCAAUAUGGAGGAUAAGAAUAAGCUGAAUAUUUGAUCUGCUUUGAAGAAACAUAUUUUCCAUUUGUCUAGAGUAAUCUGUAACAACCAAACCAAUCAAAAUGAAUUCAACAUUAAUUUCCCAGGUUGAAAAUCAUUCAAUCUUAUGUAAUUUUUCAGAGAAUUCCCAGUUUUUGGCUUUUGAAAGUGAUGAUUGUCAUCUGCCCUUGGCCAUGAUAUUUACAUUAGCCCUUGCUUACGGAGCUGUAAUAAUUCUUGGAGUCUCUGGAAACCUGGCCUUGAUCGUUAUCAUCCUGAAACAAAAGGAGAUGAGAAAUGUUACCAAUAUCCUGAUUGUGAACCUUUCCUUCUCAGACUUGCUUGUUGCCAUCAUGUGUCUCCCCUUCACAUUUGUCUACACAUUAAUGGACCACUGGGUGUUUGGUGAGGCGAUGUGCAAAUUGAAUCCUUUUGUGCAGUGUGUUUCAAUCACCGUGUCCAUUUUCUCUCUGGUUCUCAUCGCCGUGGAGCGACAUCAGCUGAUAAUCAACCCGCGAGGGUGGAGACCAAAUAACAGACAUGCUUACGUAGGUAUUGCCGUCAUUUGGGUCCUUGCCGUGGUUUCUUCUUUACCUUUUCUCAUCUAUCAAGUACUGACUGAUGAGCCGUUCCAGAACGUAACACUCGACGCAUUCAAGGAUAAAUACGUGUGCUUUGAUAAAUUUCCAUCAGACUCUCAUAGGUUGUCAUACACCACUCUUCUCUUGAUGCUGCAGUAUUUUGGCCCACUCUGUUUCAUAUUUAUUUGCUACUUCAAGAUAUAUAUACGCUUAAAAAGGAGAAACAACAUGAUGGACAAGAUGAGAGACAAUAAGUACAGGUCCAGUGAAACCAAAAGAAUCAACAUCAUGCUAUUGUCCAUUGUGGUAGCAUUUGCGGUCUGCUGGCUGCCUCUGACCAUCUUUAACACUGUGUUUGAUUGGAACCAUCAGAUCAUUGCCACGUGCAACCACAAUCUACUCUUCCUGCUGUGCCAUCUUACGGCGAUGAUAUCCACUUGUGUCAACCCCAUAUUUUAUGGAUUUCUGAACAAAAAUUUCCAGAGAGACUUACAGUUCUUCUUUAACUUUUGUGAUUUCCGGUCUCGGGAUGAUGACUAUGAGACAAUAGCCAUGUCUACCAUGCACACAGAUGUUUCUAAGACGUCUUUGAAACAAGCAAGCCCAGUCGCAUUUAAGAAAAUCAACAAUGAUGAUAAUGAAAAAAUCUGAAACUGCUCUAACAUAUGGCCCCAGGUAACAUCUGUCUAAAACCAAGCACAACCCGCAACAAUACUUUCAUUCCCCCAAGGAGUGAGGUUGUAAUCAUUUAAGAAAGCCCAAGAUUUGCUUGUCUUGCUUUUUACUGCUUUUAUUGUAACUGUCAUAAUUACAUUUGGACAAAAGGUGUGGGCUUUGGAAUCUUCUGACAAUAGUUUUGAUCAGACAUGCUCGAAGUGCUUUUUGUAAACUUACGCAUAUAAUACAAAGACUUGUAUAUUCGACUUGCUGGAAGGAAAUUGCUCUAAAGUAUUACUAUUGACCGACUUCAGAAGCACGGUAUCUGACAUGCAUUAGAUUGGGCCAUAGUGGUUUGAUUAGGUUACAUGGCCAAUAGAUUGGGCAGCCUGAUGCAAUGAUAGACAUUUCAGUCUGUUACAGAGAUGACAGCAUGCAAAAGCAGCAUUCAAGAUGUGGAGCCGAGUCUGUCUUAUAUACCUACAGUUUGAAGUCAUUGAAGAGUAAUUUGCAUUUUUUUAAAAUUUAAGACAGGAUUUAAUUUGCUCUUGAUUUAUCACUUAAGAUAAAAAUGCAUAAAAAUACUUCUCAGCUGUGAAUAUCAUGGGGAAUUGGGCCACCCACAAGAAUUAAGUGGGAAAGCAGUUCUCUAACUUCAAAACUAUUUUGGUACCUGACAACCAAAGGGUUUCAGAACAACUAACUUAACAAGCAGACUAGUAGUGCAGCAAAUGUUGAAUUAUAUUCAUCUGAACUGUUGGUCAAGAGGCUUUCCAUUCUUCACAGACUGUUCACUGUUUGUCGAGUUUUCUAGCCUAAAUAUAUAUGUGGCUCAAAAGGCAUUUCCAGCUUUCAAUGUGUAAAAAUACAGAGUGCAUUUUCCAUACAUCAGUGCCUAUAUAGUAACUCAUUUUUAACUUUUUCAAUGUCCAUUUUUCAAAGGAGGACACCAAAGUAUAAUGUUAAAAGAAUGUUCACCCUGGCUAGCAGGGAUAAAUACCUGAAAACUGAAAACACUUCAUAUAGCCCAUAUUAACUUGUAUAAACUGUGUGCCUUGUGGAGUCUUGUAAAUAAUGUACUUUAUGGAGUACUAAGUGAUUGUGUUAUGUUAAUAUACUUAAUUUCAUGCAUCCUGUAAUCAUGGUGGAGCCUCAGAGUCUUUUGGAGAGAAGAUAUUUUAAAGAACAAGAUAUAACUUCAGUGUAUUAAUAAACAUAUUAAAUGUGCUUGAUUUUAGAAGGGUAGACAUUUUCUUUAUUAAAAUUGUUUUUGCUUUU